AAGCCCCGGGCCCCUGUGUCUCUUCUGCGUGUGUUUGGCGUCGGCGGGAUGUUUCUCGGGGUCUUCUGUUUGUUGGUGGUGUGUGUGAGCGCCGGAGAUAAAAAGAACGGAUCCGUCCUCAGACUGAAGGAUGUUCCUGCGGCUGAAGCCUUCAUCGACUCUGAAGAAGUGACUGUAAUCGGCUUCUUUGAGACCGAAGCUGCUCGUGGAUAUAAAGAGUUCCUGGACGCUGUCAAACAGAUGGACAAACUUCCUGUUGCUCUGUGCAGUGAAAAGGAAGUUUGGGCCAAAUAUGGCAUCAGCUCUGACACCAUCUCCAUCUUCAGGAAGGCUGAUCUUCAUCAGGAACACCUGAAGCUCUCAGAGGCCAAGAAGAUCGAUGGAGACGGACUCGCACGCUUCAUGACGAUGAAUAACAUUCAAUACGUGACCGAAUAUAAUCAAGCGUCUGCAGUAGGUCUGUUCCAGUCUGCUGUGAAGGUGCACCUGCUGCUGUUGUCUGAUAGAGGGCGCUCUGACUCGGACCCGCUGCAGCAGCUCUUCAGGGACCUCGCACCAAAAUACACCAGCAAGAUGUUGUUUGUGCUGGUGAACGGAAGAGAGAAGUCAAACACCCGAGUGCUGGAGUACUUCGGCCUGAAGUCACGUGACCUGCCGCGGAUCGGCGUUUAUGAUGGAGUCUCAGACAAGAAGUGGCUCAUGCCGGCCGGAGAAAUCUCUACUGAGCGCGUGCAGAACUUCUGUGACUCCUUCCUGACCGGAGAACUACAGAAGCAGAAAGAGCAGGAGUCACCUGAAGACAAGACUGAACUAUAACACCUUCCUCUUCCUAUUAAAAAUAUUAAAGAAAAUA